AUGUAUCAGUUCUUUAAGUUGACUAGUUGGCAACCUUUUGCUUAUUUUACUUUUUCACCAUGGCUUCCCCAAAACAAAGUUAAUACCUGGAUUAUUAAAAUAAGGGAUCAUAUGUUUUUUGUUCCCAACAGCUGUAUUAUAAUGGCCUCUUUAAGGGUGCCUGUCAUUGAUGUCCAGGAUGACAAUUUCAAGGAGCUCUGGCCAUCCAUGCUUUUGGCUAUCAAAACUUCCAGCUUUAUUGCUGUUGACACAGAACUUAGUGGGCUUGGAACAAGGAAGAGUUUGCUGAAUCAGUGCAUUGAAGAACGAUAUAAAGCGGUUUGCAAUGCUGCUAAAACACGCUCUGUUUUGUCUCUUGGAGUUGCUUGUUUUAAACACCUUCCUGACAAGACAGAGAACACAUAUCUUUCCCAGAUCUACAACUUGACCUUGCUGUGUAUGGAUGAUUACAUAAUUGAACCACAGUCAGUCCAAUUCCUGGUGCAACAUGGCUUUGACUUCAACAAGCAGUAUUCUCAGGGCAUUCCCUAUCAUAGGGGCAAUGAUAAGGGAAAUGAAAAUCAGAGUCAAACAAUUCGUACUUUUUUCUUGGAAAUAAUUCGAGCAAGAAAACCUAUCAUUCUGCACAAUGGCCUAAUUGAUUUAGUUUUCCUCUACCAGUGCUUCUAUGCCCACUUACCUGACAAUCUGGGCACUUUCACUGCUGACCUUUCAGAGAUGUUUCCAGCCGGCAUCUAUGACACGAAAUAUGCCUCAGAAUUCGAGGCACGCUUUGUAGCUUCUUACCUAGAGUAUGCCUAUAAGAAGUGCAAACGAGAAAACUUCAGGUUGAAAGACUCCAACAAACCAUAUCUCAGCAUAGAAUUCUGCAGCUAUCCUGCCAGCAUAGAUGCCUAUGUUGAAUACCGGUUCUGCUCUGUGGCUGAUAUCAGCCAGGCUCAAACUGACAUCGCUACCAAAAUUGUCAUCUGCCAGCCAUUUUCGGCUUAUGGCUGGUGCCCAGAUGGGUUGAAAUGUACACAAUCUCACAACAUUGAUCUAAUAAUUAAUGAGGAUGAGAAUCAGAAAGAAUCGAAGCGGAAGACAAGAAAACAGAAAUGGAAACGGCGGAAGAACUUAGCAGAGUCAACAAAAGUUGAACUGAGCAGCCCUGUGAAUGAUGUACAGUUGGCUUGGGAUAAGGAAAAAGGUUCCCCUUCCAAACAGUCUUGCCCUAGUAACUUGAUUGCUCCUAUUGUAGAUAGUGCAGAUGCAGAAAAUGUGUCUGGUAAUGGGGAGACUUCAAUGGAUGUGGAACAAGAACUAGUUUCCAACAGUGCGGUUGAUGCCAAUGUUGAUGGGAACGCUGCCAUUGCCACAGACAGUGAGAGUAUCAUUUCUUCACCAUUCAAAGAUUUCCAGCAGGAAAAGGCAAUAAGAAGCGAAGGAGCAGAGCCAAAAGUCCAGUUACAGAGUGAUUCUGCAGUCACCUCUUUGCCUGUCACAGAUACUGUAGCACCAUCUAACUGUUCACGGGGGAGUAUUCACCGGGCUGGCUUUGAUGCCUUCAUGACAGGUUACAUAAUAGCCUACAUCCAGAUGGUCAAGAAUGAUAAAGAGAGAGACUCAAAUGACGGGCCUUGGUUACCAGACUGCCACAACAAAUUGUACCUUAGUGGAAAGUCUGUGCCUCUUCAGAUUGUGAAAAGUUUGUUUUCCAAAUCUUCCAAAGCCCACAACCAAAAGAUGAAAUUGGUAUGGGACAGUAGUUAGAAGUAAACAUCAUACUGCUCAGGAUCACAGAUAAUGCUAUUACUAUCAAUUGUUUUCUUGAAGCCGCAAUACUCAAACCAGAGCUGCUAAAGAGACAUUAAUAAGACACGAUAGAAUAUGUGCAGCUGCCUGAAUGGAUUAUGGAUUUAUUUUUAAAUGUUUGUAAAAUUAUGUAUUAAAUUUCCUCAUUGGAGACAGAACCUUUACACUGUGGAUGAAGCAUUUCUUCCCCCCUCCCCCAAAUACUUAAGAAAGCACUUUCUUUGACAAGGCUGGUGCACAACUUUAAAAAUUGUUUCCCAUUUGUUGUGUGUUCAUGCUCACACAAUGCCUCCUGGGGAAUGGCAAUGCAUAUAUGAGAAGACAGCUGGCAUCAGUUUUCAAGCAGCCUUGUAAACUCCCCGCCCCCCCCAAAACAACACAAAAAACCCCCCCCAUCCAAAGCCAUGCUUUGGUUUUAACCAAGGGAACUGCAGAAAAGCCUUUUUACAUGGAUUACCUUGCACCAUCAUCCUAAUGUUCAUAAGGUCAGGUAGUUGGAUCUAUUCCCUGCUCUCUAUCGUCCAUGUCUUCAGCAGAUGUUGUGAAAUCAUUACAGCUCUUCGUGCAAUCUAGAUGCCUGCUUUAUUAGACUUUCCGAUUUAUAGACUAGUACUAGCAUUAGCUGCUUUUCAGAAAUCCCAGCUUGUAGAACCUGACCAGAAUAGGUAAGAAAUGCAUUACCCACCUUUUAAAACCCUUCUGCAUUUAGGUGAAUACUUGAGAACAGUUAUUUUAGUUUUUGCUUAACUCAUUAAAUUUGAAGAAUUUAAGCCCCAACUCUACCAUAAAUAUUUUCAUAUUUUACAGAUGUAAAUCACCAUUAAUAGGAUUCAUUUGGCCUUAGACUAACAAAGGAGACAAGCUUGUCUUUUACUAACAAUAUAAUGUGGAAUAAAUGAUGCAUUAACGUACUAUCCACACGUAUUUGAAAAUCUGCACUGAAAGCAAACACCUAUUUGAAUCAUAUUCUUUACUGGCAAGAAUGAGGUAGAGUUUUCAACAAAUCUGAGUUUGUCUAAAAGAUAUGGAAUGCAUACUUGAAAUUUCUAAUCAAACUUUCUGAAAUUUUGUGGGACUUUUGUUUUGGAUAAUGAGAAUGCAAACGUUGAGUACCAAAUAUAAGUCCCAUCUAUUUUUAUAGCAGUCCAAAAGAGAUUGCAGUCAUCUAAAUCCACUACAAAGCUCUCAAGGCUUCAGAAAUCUAACUGAAUCUGGCCUACCGUAACAGGUGAUCAUUGAUUUUCUUGUACUAGUUUGUCAUUAGCAAGCAGCUGGUUGUCUCUUCUCUUUCUGGAUAUCCUUUUGGAAUCACGCUUUGUCCUUAAAUGUGAUUUAUAUUAUAUUGCUUGUAUAUUAUACCCCUUAAGAUGGGGUAACAAAAAGUUAAGGAAAAGAUAAAGAAUUUAUGCCAAAUUGGGGAUUUUCCCCACAGUUCUACUGCAGCCUUAUUUUUCUAAUGCAAAUUAAGCUACUUAACUGUUGAGAAGAAACAUUAAUGCAGGGUGGAGUUACAAAUCAACUUAAGACCAUAGGCUCUGAGUCCCAUUCUAGUAUAAUAAUUCAAAAGGAUAUCUUAUUCUCUGCCAUCAUCAAUCUUUGUUGAAAUAAAAUAUUGGUGUUUCCCUUAUUAAAUAAUGUUUAGUUUUUUUGUAUAAAAAUAUUUGACAAACUGGAGGCUUUUUAUCAGUUAAUUUAUUGUGCCAAGUCUUCUUGCAAUACAGAUCAUCAAAGUUAUGUAUUCCAGUUCCACACAACAAAACAGUAAUGAGAUCUCUUGGAAGCUAAAAAAUGAUUUUUUAUUAGUCUUAUCUGUUCCAGAUACAUUGCUUGGAAAGCAUUAUUUGAUAAUAACUUUAGUGGGGUCAAUAAUGUUCAACUUUU